AUGAGCGCUUCGGAAUUCCUAGAAUCGUCCCCAAUUUCUAUCGAUGAUGUCCCAAUUGACUUCGAACUCCCAGUGCCUUCCACGCCUGCUUCUUCUGCCGAGAGCUCAUUGACGCCGUUCUCCCCGCCGCCGACGACAUUGCCCACUCCUGAUAAGUACGAUACGCGUCUUUGGGGACAUUUUCCGGGUUGGGUAUGGUCAGAAAGAAGCAAAGACAACUACUCAUGGGCUUGGGAAUAUGGAUACGACAUACAACAUGACGACGAGCGCAGAUGGGUCUGCAAGCCGUGUAUUCAGAAGAACGACCCCAGACCUAAGAAUUUCGUUGCUAUUGGCCUUCAGAAUGCGCUGAAUCACUUAUACAAGGAUCACGGAAUAUCUGCACCAGAUAACAAGACAAAGUCCGGCUUGCAAAAGAAAGCCGAGGAGAAGCCAGGGAGCAAGAGGCCAAGAUCGAUUGUGGAUAUAUGGAAGCUCGACCCUUUAAGACCUCGAGAACAGGCGAUUGCCAACUCUAUGAUACGCGGAUUUAAUCGAAAUCACUUUCAACGUCUCCUGAUCGAGUGGAUAGUCGACACGAAUCAGCCCUUUAGUAUCACGAACGCCAACAUCUCUGAUACCACAGUUCGCGCGCUCAUCAACUCCGAAUUUAAAAAGCACAAGGCGCGCGUCAUUGAAGCCCUGCGAAAGAGCCCCGGCUUAAUACACGUCAGCUUUGACGGAUGGAGGGCGCGGAAUCGACACUCGUUAUACGGUAUCGUGUGCUUCUUCAGGGACGAGAAUAGCAAGCCCCACAAGGUCGCUCUGGGGGUCCCCGAAGUCCGCAGACAUUCGGGGAACAACAUUGCAACAGAAGUCCUUUAUACCAUCGAGGCUUUUGGCAUCGAGGAGAAUAUUGGGUAUUUUACCCUUGACAAUGCCGAGAACAACGACACAGCACUUGAGGCUAUUGGCAAAAAGCUCGGCUUCAAUGGCGCUCGAAGGCGAGGCCGCUGCUUCGGCCAUAUAGUCAAUCUGUCUGCGAAGGCACUACUGUUCGGGAAGGAUACAGACGCGUUCGAAGAACAACUUUCUGGUGCAGAAGCGCUGUCUGAAGCCGAAUACGAACUUUGGCGACAGAAAGGGCCGGUUGGGAAGCUCCAUAAUUUCGUCGUGGAUGUUGAUCGAUCGGACAGACUGACAUACCUGUUGAAAGAACUUCAAGAGUACGACAUAUCCAUGUCGGACGAUCCGAAAAUACGGUCAAAAAGCCCCGUCUCGGUAGUGCUAGAUAACGAUACGCGCUGGCUUUCCCAGCUCUAUAUGAUCCGCCGCGCCUUGAGACUUCGAAGGUACUUCGAACUGCUAGUCGCGAAGUUCCGAAUCCAAUGGGAGGAGGAGAAUACAUCAAAAAGAACUGGCCAGUUGAAAAAGUCGGCUGUCCGGCCUCGAAUCCUUAGAGACGAGAACCAACUUACGGCCAACGAUUGGUCUGUACUUCAACACUUCGCGACGAUCCUUGGAUACUAUGAAGAUGCAGUCAAGACUCUAGAAGGCGACGGUUUAAUCAGGAAACGCAAGAGGGGUUAUACUGGUUCAUAUGGGGAACGUUUGGGAUGUGAUCAAUGGUUCAGGAUCGGCAUAAAUAUGGCCUGGGAGAAAUUAGACAAGUAUUACACUAUUCUCGACACAACACCGAUAUAUUAUACCGCCCUCGCACUCCACCCGGCAUACAGAUGGGGAUGGUUCGAGCAGGCCUGGGUACAUAAGCCCGACUGGAUCAGAUCUGCAAAAAGGAUAGUUCAAGAAGUGUGGGACGAGUCCUAUCGAGAUUUCCAUAUUGUGGUGGCCUCAAAUGACGAGCCUGUUGCAAAACGACAGAAGCAAUACUACAAUGCCUUCGAAGAGCAUUGCGAACAGUCCCGUAUCGACUCCAUACAGACAGAGCCUCUACUGGACGACGACACGAAUUGGCGACGAAUACGAACGAUGGCAAUCGAGCCAUGA